CUGGGAUCUGGGUCCAAGCGCAGUGUGUGUGGCAUCCUGUUGACUCGGGGUGAUUUUCAGGGGUCCGUCUGGAGUCCAGGCAAGAGUCACCUGUGGUCCUACUCAGAGUCCUGCCUGCUGUCCCUCACAAUAGCCAUCAUGCCCCGGGGGGGACAGAAGAGUAAGCUCCGUGCUCGAGAGAAACAUCAACAGGCCAGAGGUCAGACCCGAAGUCUGCAGGGUGCUCAGGUCAUUGCGGCGCAGGAAGGAGAGUCCCCUUCCUGUCCCUGUCCUGUUUCUGGAGAUGCUGCUGGCCCUCCUCAGAAGUCUCCAGGAGUGCCGCCCACCAGUGCUGCUGCUGCUCCUGCUGUUUCAUCCAGGAGAUUGGGCAAAGGUGCCAAGAGCAGGAGGCCAGAAGGGGCUACCUCCUCUAAGGUCCCACGCUCCACUGAGAGCUCACAGAAAGAGCUUGUGGUGAGGAAGGCAGAAGUGUUGAUGCAGUACCUGAUGUACAAGUAUAAAACGAAGGAUCCCAUUUUGAAGAGGGAAAUGCUGAAGACUGUCCACAAAAGGUUCAGAGAGCACUUCCCUGAGAUCCUCAAGAUAGCCUCUAGGCACAUGGAGCUGGUCUUUGGCCUGGAGUUGAAGGAACUCAAGCCAGGUGGUAGUUCCUACACCCUGGCCAGCCUGUUAGAUCUCACCUAUGAUAAGAGCCCGAGUGGUGACUUUCCCAAAACUGGGCUUCUCCUGGCUCUCCUAGGCCUCAUCUUGCACGGCUACUGUGCUACUGAGGACGAUGUCUGGGAAUUCCUGAGCACCUUAGGGGUCACUGAUAGGAGCAUGCACUUUGCCUUUGGAGAUGUCAAGAAGCUCCUUACUGAAGAUCUGGUCCAGGAAAAGUACCUGGAGUAUCACCAGGUUCCUGGCACUGAUCCUCCGCGCUAUCAAUUCCUGUGGGGUUCCGGAGCCCAGAUCGAAACCGGCAAGAUAAAAGUCCUAGAGUUUUUGGCCAAGGUCACUUGCUCUGAUGUCAGUGACUUUGCACUCUAUUAUGAAGAGGCUUUGAGAGAUGAGAAAGAGAAAACCCAAGCCAAAGUUGCAGCUGGGUCUGGAGCUACUGCUUAAGCCAGUCCAAGCCCCAGCUCCAGCCCCAGAGCCAAGCCAGCCUCUGUACACCCUUGUAUGUGUGGCAGAUUCUUCACUUUGUCAUUUAAAAUGCCUGUUCAGUCUUGUUCUAGUUGUGUUGUUAUGCAUGAAUAACGUUUUGUUCCUGUAUCACUCAAGGGGCCUCUAUUCAACAGAAUGUUUAUUUAGAUUCACAGUGUAAUGCGAAGAAUGUUACUGAUCAAACAUUCUUUGCCCUGUACCAGGUUUAGCAAUAAGGUAUUGGUUCCUUUUGAAACACAAAUUGGAAUUCCUGAAAUCACUUUGAUGGUCCACACCAAGAUAACAUGUCACUGGAACAGGAAGAGCCUUGGACAUGUGAAAUAUCCACAGUAAAAUAUGUGGAAUCAGCUGUGUGCUAGUUAACUAUCAACUUCUAUGGGAAGGAAACACGCAACUGAUUGGAUCAGCAUAAUUCUGGGUGAGACUGAAUAAAUUUACUGAAGACAGAAGACCUAUCCUGGUGUGAGAGACAACAACCAAUAGGCUUGUGGCCUGAUUGGAAUAAAAAGGGAAAUGAAGAAGAAAGGCCUGAUUCUGUUUCGAGAGGCUCCAUUUGUCUCCUUCACCUUGGACGUCAUCUCCUGGCUUCCAGCCCAGACCCUCCAGCCUUCCAUAGCAGACCCUUCAGCCUCCUGAUAACAUACUCACACAGGACUCUACAGUGACCUCCCAGCUUUCAAACUUUGACUGGGUCCUCUAGCACGCAGACUGCUGUUUUACAUUCUUCCACACCUGACUCAGGCGGCCUUUGUGAGCCUACCUUGUAAAGCCUGAUACAUUUAUCUAUCUUAUACUAAUCUGUUUCUCUAGUGUGUACUGACUGGUACAAGCUAAUAGGGGAAAAAAGUAAAAGUUACUUAGUUCUUAGUUUGCUUUACUUGAUUCAGUUUUUCCUUUUGUACAUUUAAAUGACUUAUGCCUACAAUUGCUUUUGUUAAGAAUGUAUAAGAAAUUAGAUCAUCCAAAAUUUAAUUGAGUAUCUGCCUUUGGGAAGUUUUCAGGUUUUGUACUGGGGCUCUUAAGACAAAUGAGAGUGCUCCUGCCCAUGCAGUGAAAGACUGGGAGAAGUACCACUAUGGAAGUGGGUGAGAUUCCCCCUAUUUCAUAGAGAAGUAACAAACUAUGAAAAGUAGAAUUGGAGAGAAAACAUGACUUAGUUUUCUUUGCUAUGCAGCAUUUUUGCCUAAUGUUUUAUGAUUUUGUUUAGUUUGUUAUUGUCCUUGAAUGCUACAGGUACUAUGAUACUAUCUGGUUUAAAAAUUUGAAAAAUAUUUGAGGUACAUGCAUGGUAAUAUUUCAGGUACAAAUCAUUGUAGUAAAAAUGCCAGCCCUUAAUGUCUUCGUAAAAGACAAACACUACCACAGGACUUCACUUACACAUAUCUUCCUCCACUAGUAUAAGCCAUAGCCUAUUAAAUCUCUAGUGUUCACUCUUCUACCCUUGGGUCAGUUUUGUUUUUGUUACUUUCCACAUUGUGAAAGAGCAAGCAGUAUUUUUGUGCAUGGCUUAUUUCACAUAACCUAAUGUCUUCCAGGUUCAUCUGUGUUGUCACUAAUGACAAUAUAGCCUCUUCUUAUGGCUGAAUAAUAUUCCACCAUGCAUAUAUACCACAUUUUCUUUAUCCACUCAUCAGUUGAAGGGCACUUUGGUUGAUUCUGUCUUAGAUAAUGGAAAGUUAUUUUUUAAAUGGUCUACCAUAGCAUGGCUAAAUCAUGUAACUUGUAAAAAGCACUUAAUUGCUCAAGUGAGUCACUCUAAGGCACUUCUGUAUGGUGUAAUACUUGUGUGAUUAAUCUUCUGUUCUUACCCCUACUAUGGUGGACUUUGACCUUUGGACCAAGAAUAAGUUUCACCUUUCCUAGCAUUGAGAUUUCAUUGUUUGUCCUUCAGAAAGCUAGUUGGACUACCUAAGGAUAGGGAGUGGAACUUCUGUGAGUUACAAAGAUUCAUUAUGGAAAUGAUUUUGUACCUGUUUGUUCAUUAAUGUAGGUUUUAUUCAAACUUUUGUAUGUUGCAUUUUAAUACAAUAAAACUUUAAAGAUUCUU